UCCACACCAUAUUUCCCAGUCUCGGCUGUCUCUUUAAGACAACGAUAGCUGUGUCUGAUUAAUUCAAUGUAACCGGAUUCGUUAGUGGAGAACCUAUUUUCCACUGUUGGAUUUAGGCUACCAGCUAGAGAGGGCAAAAACGUAAAUUCUUUCGUAAUUUGACUUUAUUAUUGGAUAAUCCAAUUGGCAGUUAUAUAAUAAAGUUAUCAGGUGUUUCUAUUUUUAGGCCACCGAUGCAGAGAUAAAAAAAAAAUAUGGAUUUUAAUUAGCUGGAAUUAUCUUUUCGUGAGAUCAUUUAUCAAAAGUCGUAUUUUCGGAAUACGAAUAUUUACAUUCAAUUGUAAAGAGGGGAGUUUUUUCUUACUAUACGAAAUGUCGGAAAAACACGGAGGUUACCAAGGUCUUGAGGAUUCCAACCGUCAGACAAUGUCCCAACCACAGCAAAUGCAGCCCCCUCCGUACCUCCCCUCCCAGGAAGCCAACAUGGGCCAGCAUCCCAACAUGAGCCAGCAUCCCAACAUGGGCCAGCAUCCCAACAUGGGCCAGCAUCCCAACAUGGGCCAGCACCCCAACCUGCAGCACCCCAAUAUGGCCCCGCCGCCCGGUUGUGGCCCCCAGCCCAACUACCCCCCACCACCCCCACCCCCUGGUACCGAAGGCUACCAGGAGACCCAGUUCCACAACGGCACUUACGGACACCCAGGGCAGGGCUACACGGUGCAGACCCAGGGCCAGGGAGGGGGAGUCCCGCAUGCGCCUGUGGGCUACUUCCAACCAGGAUAUCCACUCCAGCUCCAGCCCUGCACCGCCUAUGUGCCGGUCUACCCCGUGGCAUCCGGACAGCCCUACCAGGGCAUGUCUCAGGGCCAGAUGGGCAUGCAGAUUCCCCAUGGCAUCGCCCUAAUGGAACCCAGACGUCCACCUCACGACUAUCUGCCCAUCGCCGUGCUCACCACUGUCUGCUGCUUCUGGCCCACAGGAAUCAUAGCCAUCAUAAAGGCAGUACAGGUGCGUACAGCAGUGGCCAGGGGGGACAUGGUGAUGGCAGAGAUAGCGUCCCGUGAGGCUCGUAACUUCUCCUUCAUCAGCCUAGCGGUGGGAAUUGCCUCCAUCGUCCUGUGUACAAUCCUCACCGUGGUGGUCAUAAUAGCCUCCCAGCACCACGACGACGACUGGGAACCUUAAUAUCUGCAGGGUGGGAUCCUGGGAUAAGUAGUUUUAUGUGGAGACACUCUAAUACCGGUAUGUUAUAUUGGGAGUAUAUAUGUGUACAAAUAUGAACCCUGAGUUUAUACUGCUCUAUUGGGGUUUAUAUACACCCUGUGAACUGUAUAUACAGUUUUGACCUACUGACAACUAAUGGGUUGACAACCAAUCACAGCUAAUAUUCAAACACCAAAACAAAUAGCAACUCAUUAUGGGCUAGUAUUACUUACCAAUGUAACCAUUUACACUCUGAUAUAAUAGCGCUCCAUAGCGCUCAUAGGGAAAAUGCAUUCACAGAAGCAUUAAAUAUUAAGAAUGAAUGAAUUACUGACUCAUUUUUGAUCCCUUCAAACCUAGCAAGACCAAAAAUGGUUCAUAUUUAAGCCUUCACAAAACUGCCAAAUAGAUCACAAAUCAUAACGAACAUUAUUUAAAUAUGUAAUUUAUAUAUAACCUGCCCAAUAAAGUUGAUUUAGAUUAUUUCUAAUAUAAAAUACUUUUAUUCAAUUUUGUCAUCAUUCAUAGGUUUCGAUGUUUUGUGAUGUUCAAAAACACCUGCCAUGUAAUGAUAGUAUUUUUUUGAUUUACUUGAAAGGGAGGAUUUAUUACAGAAUAACAGAAAUAGAUAAAAGGGGAGUCCGAUUGUUACUGCGUUGGGUCAGUACCUUCAAAUCCCUAAACUGAGGUGGAUAUGUAAAUUUGUAAUUCAGUAUAGUAUUUCAUCUUAAUUGCUCAUGAUCUGGAUAAGAGCAUUUGCUAAAGGAUUAAGAUGUACAUCUAAAUUACAUGUAUACAUUUUACACAACCUCAAAUGUAAGUCAGUGAAGUUAUGAAAUAGGAUCUAUGUAAAGUUGUAUUGAUGCAGGAAUACAUCAUAGGAUAUAAUGUGUACCUUUUCCCCAUGCCUUUUUAGCUGCUGAUAACUUUGAGUUACACAGAUUCAUUGUUGCACUAGACUGUUUAUAUGUGUUGGCCUCUUUCAUCUAUAUGCAUUGAUUUGUCUAUAUCUUUUUAUUUAUUUUGUAUUCAUGUACUAUGUUUUAGCUUUAUAGCAUGUCACUGUUAUGUUUUAGUUGAUAUCAAUAGUUUAUCAGCCUACACACCCUGAAACUAUGUUUUUGAUGAUUUGCACUUACCAGCAUUGACAUAGCACAGAAGCUGAUAUUGUUGCUUUGUCCACUAUUGCUAGUAUCAGUAGAUUUCUUAUGGUUCCUACUUAGGUUUUUAUAAAAUUCAAAGAACAUUUUAGACAUAGACACAUUUAGAACAAACAUUGUUUGACUAAUUGAAGUGGUUGACCCAUUUCUAUUGUCAUUGGGUAUUGUACUACUGUACUACAACAACAAUAAAAAUACAUUUGAUGCAAAAUGCUUGGAAAGGCUCAAGAUUAAAAAGGGUAUUAUACUGUACGUAUAGGCCAAGAGUAGUGUAAAUCUGAGAAAUUGCUGCUUUUUCAAAUGUUGGUUUUGCAAGUCCUGAAUAAAGACUUCAGAAUUAUCUUAGAAUUGUAUUUCUUCUGUUGAGAAUUUUUAUUCUAGGCAAAUAAUUUAUGCAAUAGACAAAUCUCUGUAGUGCAUGCCAUUGCCAAUGUGAGCCAUUAUUUUAGUUCUGUCAGCUCAGGUUCUCUAAUUGUCUUGGUUGAUAAUAAAGGUUGUGCCAAACGAAUUUUGUCUCUAAUCAAGUCUAGUGAUAUAAACUGAAGUGACCUGAGAUGGAAUCAGUGGAGCAGAACGACUGAUGGUAGCACUAAAAUAAAACAAAUGUCUCUGAAGAGAGUGAGUGAGAAAAAACAAUGCUUAAUAUAUUUUAUAUUGUAGCAUUUUCCAACAGUUGUCAACAAAUACCUUUUAUUACCCUAAGCCGCUACUCUAUCUCUGUCAUUCUUCUGCUGACAUUCUUUCUGCUGUCCAACAUUGGGACCAUGAUUGUUGACAUAUCUCUAUUUUCUUUCCUAUUUUCAAUUCUUAAAAUACCGAUUUGAAAAUUUAAAAUUUUUUUAAAAAUGUAUUGUUUCUCACAAAGGACCAUGAUUACGGAUUUUGUACAAGGGUGUAUACAGUUUCAUUCAGAAAGUGUUAUUAUUGCAUCGUUAGUAUUUCUAUGGUGAUUCAUAUUCUGUUUGGUGGUAAUCACUUUUGCAUUUGAUUAUCACUGUUGUAUUUAUAAUGUACAUACAUUGUAUUUGAAGAAUGUGUUCUUACUGUACUUUGAUGACAGUAUUGUAGAAAUAUGUUGAAAGAAAAGUCAGCACAGUAUCGGUAGUGCUACAAACCUCUUUAAGAGAAGUAUUGGUAUGGAAUGUGUGUGUAUGCUUUUUAGACUUACUCCUAGCAUAUCUAGUUGUUUUUAGAUCCACACGUGAAUCACAUCCUUGUUUUCUAAGAUUCUACGUUAUUGCAAAUUACUAAAGCUGGGCAAAUGCAAAUGCUUCUUUGCAGUAAUAAAUUACCUUUCUGUAAGCUUGAGCCUGUAAAUGUGAACCUAAUUGCCGUGUUCAAGGUGGCUGGCAACAUCACAGUGUAUAUAUGUGCUUUUGGGGAUUAUUUCUGUUCAUGGAUGUUACACAUGCAUUUGUUGUGUAUGAAUUCCUUGGUUUGAAUAAAAUCUGUUUUGAUUGUGCAAGA